UAGAGCGAUAUGAUUUUGCAUCAGUUCUUACUGCAAUUACUGUUUGAGGCAAAUUGCCUCGUGCGCGUGCAGAAAACGCGCGACACUCUCUCUAUGUCCCAGUCGAGCUCGACUAUAAAGUACUGACGCAUUUAUCUUUUGUGUUACCGUGUCUUACUGACUCUCUCGCCUUGUUUUCUAUCGGCCGACAAAAAUGGAGAGGAAUAAUAGCUACGAUGAGAAGCCGGCAGUGAUGGUGACAAACGACGAUGGAAUCGACGCUCCAGGCCUCCGAGCUCUCGUCCGCGUUCUCGUCUCCUCCAAUCGUUUCCGCGUCCUGGUUUGCGCUCCUGAUUCGGAGAAAUCAGCCGUUAGUCAUAGUAUCACAUGGCGUCACCCUGUUUCUGUAAAGCAAGUAGAUAUCAAUGGAGCAACUGCUUAUGCUGUUUCUGGAACCCCGGCUGAUUGUACUUCUUUGGGUAUCUCAGAAGCACUCUUCUCCACAGUUCCUGAUCUGGUAAUCAGUGGCAUAAACAUGGGCAGCAACUGUGGUUAUCACAUCAUCUACUCUGGUACAGUUGCUGGUGCUCGAGAAGCCUUCUUCAAUGACAUACCUGCUGUCUCUAUAUCAUAUGACUGGGUUGGAGGUAAGAGCAGUGUCGAUGACUAUAUUCUUGCUGCUGAGGCUUGCUUGCCAAUCUUCAAUGCAAUCAUAGCUGAGGUUAAGAACAAAAGUUAUCCUCUAAGAGGCUUUUUGAAUAUAGAUCUGCCGACAGAUCUUGCCAACCACAAGGGAUAUAAGUUGACUAAACAAGGUAAAACUAUAUUCAAAAUGGGGUGGAGGCAAAUUACUUCUGAAAGGCAAGGAGGAAAGAUGUUAUCCACAAUGGAAAUGGAGUCAGAUUCAUCAGCAAGGACAGAAAUUGAUACAUCGACAAUAGCAGGAGGAGAUCUCUUCUUCCAAAGAGAGGUAAGAGGAGCCCAAGUUGAUGAUGAUGAUACGGAUCAGCAAUUUCUUCAGGAAGGAUAUAUUACUGUUACUCCUCUUGGAGCCCUCUCUCAGGCAGAGACUGAUUACGUGUCCUACUUUGAAGAAUGGCUACCAAGUGCAGUUCAACGGUUCUCUUCUUCAGCAUUAUAAUGCACUUUAAUAUCCCUCUGGAACUUGCUUAGAGUCCGGUUGGAAGGACCUUUUGAACUCAGUAUUUCUGAGGUGAUUUCAUGGGUUCUGUCGUCUCUUCUAUGAUGUGAUUGUUUGCCUGCAAUCUGACUGGCGGGUUCUCACAUAGUUAUGCUCUCUCUCUCUCUCUUGAAAACUCAGCAUCUAAUAAGCUUUUAUGAUUAUUUUGCUUUAUUUGGAGGACACCCGUCAUUGGAUACCCUAUUAUAUGAUAUGAACUAUAUGGAAUUCUUGUAGUGGCUGGUAUUUACCCCUAAUGUCAAAGCUAGUUGAUUUCUCCUCGCCAUUUUCUA